CCGGAAACAGUUGGCGGCGGGCUGAUGCAGCCUGCAGGCUGAUGCGCCCGCUGCGGAGUGUUGCCCUGGCGUUACCAUGAAGCCCCGAAUAACUUCCUCCACAAGAGCCCAUCAGUGACCAUAGAAUCCCCUCUUCUCCCCCCUUUCCUUUCUUCCUCCGCUUUUUAGUCUGCCAGUCCGCGGCGCCGUCGUUGCUCGUCGUCGCCAAGAUGGAGCAAACACUCAUGAACGCCGUCGACCCCUUCACGCACACCCCGGGAGGGUUCUGGGCCCAGCUCGUCAACGCGGUCACUGCUACUGCUGUUAUCCGCUGCUGGCCUCUCCUGCUGUUCUUCACCGGCUGGGCGACUGCGAUCUCGGUCAUCUGCCGCUACGUGCACAACAUUGGCAUCCAGAGCACGCUCCUGACUGUCAUCGGUACUGUCCUGGGUUUCGUCGUAUCGUACCGGACAACUUCCAGUUUCGAGCGAUACAACGAAGGCCGAAGACUCUGGUCGCAGAUUGUACUUGCCAGCCGGACAUUCUCGCGAACUGUCUGGUUCCACGUCCCGGAGGUGAUGCCCGUCGCGGCAGACGACCGGUCUACGCUCGAGCAGCGCAAGGAACGCGUGCUCAUCGAGAAGAAAACCGCGAUCAACCUCGUCGAGGCGUUCGCCGUCGCGGUGAAGCACUACCUACGCGGAGAGGAGGGCGUCUACUACGUCGACCUCUACCACCUCGUCAAGUUCCUGCCCUCGUACGCGCUCCCCGCGGGCCUUCCUUCCAACGUCGACCUCGCAGACGCGACGAGCGUGCAGAGCGUCCGCGGCGAGGCGACCUCGCGCCCGCGCCGGCCCUCGGACGUGCGGUCUGCGCGCAGCGUGCAGUCCCCGACGGGUCCCGCCCAGAUGUCCCUCCCGCUGCCCAGCGUGGGGGAGGCCCAGCUGCCCCUCCCGGCGACGUCCCCCCGGCGUACGACGUUUGCGAACGGGCUGGCGAGGCCCUCGAUGGACAAGGACAAGGACGAGAAGGCGUCGACCAUGUAUGGCGCCGAAGAAGGUUUCCUCUUGCCGGCGCGGAACCCGCCUCGGUACCACCUGCUCGACCUUUGGCCUCUCUCCCUGGUUGUACACUUGCUCGCAAAGAGAGGGAAGGACGUCAAGGGAAGGACCGCUGCGCGCAUCCGUGCUAAGUUGCGGAGCAAGACGGUUACUCACAAUCUUCCGCUUGAGAUCUCGUUCUACUUGAGCUCGUAUGUGGCAGCACUGCAAGCGCGCAAGGUGGUCGAUCCGCCCACAGCUACUGCUCUCAUCGCUGGCCUCAACCAACUCGUGGACGCGCUCACCGGUCUGGAGCGUAUUCUGACAACGCCCAUUCCAUUCUCAUAUCGCGUCCACCUGUGGACGGUGACGCUCCUGUACAUUCUCUUCCUCCCCUUCCAGAUCUGGAACACGCUAGGCUGGCUCACGAUCCCCGCCACCGCGCUGCUGAGUUUCAUUUUCUUCGGCUUCCUCGUCGCUGGCGAGGAGAUCGAGAACCCGUUCGGCUACGACAAGAACGACCUGAACAUGGAUCACUUCACGCACAACAUCAUCCGAAGCGAGCUCUGCGCACUCACCGCGCAGCCCGUGCCCGACCCGUCCGUCUGGGCGUUCUCGCCGUUCAACGACAUGGUCGUCGGCGCCAAGGGCGGGGAGCGCGUGUCGCCCGACGAGUGGAUGCAGCGCGGCCUCUCGCGCUUCCACAUGGCGCUCUACGAAUCCAUCUAAGCCUUGUCGCUCACGCAAAACGCCGCCACGUCACUACGUAGAGCAGGUCAGCGGGAUACUAGGUGUUGUCUGUCUGUCCGUCUUGGUUGUUGUAGCUGUCUGCGACUGGUCGGUUCGCACGUAGUAUUAUCAUUCGCAUCACACUCGCAUUGGAUAGACACAUGUUUCCCUUCUCCGCGCCUCGCAUCCAUAAGAUUUAGCACUGCUUCCCGACCCUUGCAUAUACGUUAUCCCCCACAUUGUCAUUGUCAUUCACGCAUUGCAUACGUCACAUAGCAUAUCCCGUCGUUCACGUAUUUAUCUUAGAUGUCUCGUUCUAGUAUUUUCUUGGUCCUUGGGGCAGCCAGUGGCUGCGUGGACUGUCUACGUUGACGUUGCGGAGGGCAGUCUGGCUACUGUUGUUCUCAAAUUAUGCUGAUGAUUAUGUUGCAUCGAAUUGCAUUAAUAUUUGUUGUUGCGGAAUCUACCUUGUAUCAUCCGAUUCA